UGUGUGGUCACUGGAAUGGAGGGUGCCCUGGGGGACAGUGCCAAGGGCGGGCACUUCCACAUCGUCACACCUCUGCUGGAGAGCUGGGCACUGUCCCAGGUGGCGGGCAUGACUGUCUUCCUCAAGUGUGAGAACGUGCAGCCGGGUGGCUCCUUUAAGAUCCGGGGCAUUGGGCAUUUCUGCCAGGAGAUGGCCAAGAAAGGGUGCAGACAUCUGGUGUGUUCCUCAGGAGGCAACGCGGGCAUUGCUGCUGCCUACUCCGCUCAGAAGCUGGCCAUCCCUGCCACCAUCGUGCUCCCUGAGACCUCCUCCCUGCAGGUGGUCAGGAGGCUACAGGGGGAGGGGGCCGAGGUUCAGCUGACUGGAAAGGUCUGGGAUGAGGCCCAUGCAAAGGCUCGGGAACUGGCCGAGAGGGACGGCUGGGUGUAUGUCUCCCCAUUUGACCACCCCCUGAUAUGGGAAGGCCACGCCAGCCUGGUGUGGGAGCUGAAGGCAGCGCUGCGGACCCCACCAGGGGCUGUGGUGCUGUCAGUGGGGGGUGGCGGACUCCUGGCGGGAGUGGCAGCUGGCCUGGUGGAGGUGGGCUGGCAGCAUGUACCCAUUGUCGCCAUGGAGACCCACGGGGCACACUGCUUCAAUGCAGCCUUGCAGGCAGGCCACCUGGUCACACUACCAGACAUCACCAGUGUGGCCAAAAGCCUGGGAGCCAAGACGGUGGCCGCACGGGCCCUGGAGUGCGCGCAGGAGUGUGAGAUCCUCUCUGAGGUGGUGGAGGACGCGGAGGCUGUAAGCGCUGUGCAGAGGUUCCUGGAUGAUGAGCGCAUGCUGGUGGAGCCGCGUGGAGCGGCCCUGGCUGCUGUCUACUCAGGCCUCCUGGGGAAGCUCCAGGCCAAGGGCCGCCUGCCCUCUUCCUUGACUUCUGUCGUGGUCAUCGUCUGUGGAGGUUACAACAUUGACAGCCGACAGCUGCAGGCUCUGAAAACCCAGCUAGGCCAGAGUUGA